UCACCAGCAAGGAUGAAAUUGUUUUUACUUGGAGCAGUCACACUCUUCAGUGCGGCCAUGUUGGUCUCAGGCAACAUGUAUAUGCAUAACAUGAAGAUGCCAAUGGCAUAUGGAUAUGGUGGACAUAUGACAAACAACAAUAACUCCUCUGGAUUUGGCGGUGGUAUAUUUGAAAUCAUAAUCUACUUGUUUGUGUUCAUCCUCCUUAUCCAAGUAUUGUUUGGUGCUGGAGGUGGUCUUGGAGGUCGAGGCGGAGGCGGAUAUGGCGGAUAUAGUAAACAUGGUGGCAGUGGCUAUGGCAGCAGCAGUGGCUAUGGCGAUCAUGACAGCCAUGAUAAUUCUUAUUAACCUCCGAGAUAUGGUUCUGAUAUACCGACUUCCGUAUGAUGACGAUCUACCACAGACUGUGCUGCAACUGGGAGAUUGCAAACACGAUGUCACAAUCUGUUUGUUAACUUACAGUUGCAUGUGAUAUAUAUAUAUAUAUACCUUCAGCAUUAGAAACAGAGUUUGUUUUCUAUCAAAGAAAAUCGCUAAGUUUCGUCUCAAACAUAAAUAAACAUAAGCAUCCU